UCAUCACUUGGGCUGCCUGCGCGGGGGGAAGGCAGCUGUGGGCAGGGCCCUGGGAAGUGACGCUGCCGCGGUGUCUGUUGUGAAACCCCAUCCAGCUUUAGCAGAGCCGGGAUUUCGCUAACAGCGGCGGGCAGAUUGCGCUGCCCCUUGAAAUUCACCAGAGCGGGUCAGUUGUUCCCAGGCAGCAGCCGCGCAGGGGAGCCGGACGGAAAACCGAGCAAGCAACGCCCUUGGGUCCAUUGCAAAUCGGCUCCUGCCCAGAGAUGGACGUGGCCGUGGAUCUGUACCUGGCGGUCCCGCUGCUGUUCACAGUCCUGGCUGUGAUCCUGGCUUCGGUCUUUGUGAAGCUGAGAGCGGCUGAAGGGGACAAAGCUGCCGAGCCAGCCAAGGGGGAAGGGUCCCAGGGCAAGGAGGCAGCGGCCGGCGCGGCAGCCGAGCAGGGGGAGGAAAGGGAGGAUGGCGAGGGGGAAGGGAAGGAGGGAGACGCGCUGAAGGAGGAGGGGAUCCCGAGGGGGGAGAAGGACGAGGAAGGCGCGAAGGACGAGGGGAGAAGGAUCCCGGUGGAGGAGAUCGGGGCUGAAGAGGGGAAGGCGAAGAGAGCCGAGGAGGAGGAGGCGGUGGCGGCGGCCGCAAGGACUGCAAAAGCGGGCAAGCAGAGUCACCCUCAGGAGAUGAACAUCCCCCGCCAGGCCGCUGAGGCGGUGGAGGAAGAGGAGGAGGAGGAGGAGGAGGAGGACGAGAGCAAGGAGGAAGAUCAAGACUGGGAAAAAGAGAGACUGGUGGUGAAGGAACCAGAGCUGGAUGAUGCGGACGAGCAGAUCUCCUUUAAAUACAGCCCCGGAAAGCUGAGGGGGAACCAGUAUAAGACAAUGAUGACCAAAGAAGAACUUGAGGAGGAGCAAAGGGUUCAGAGAGAGCAGCUGACUGCCAUCUUCAGGCUCAUGAAGGAAAACAGUGAAACAUUUGGAGAGAUGACGGAAGGAGACAUGAAGGAGCAGCUUAAACUUUAUGAUAUGUAGGCUCACAGCCAUUACAGUCUAUGGCCUGCCGGCUGCCUCAGCCCUUAUCAUUCGAGAGACUGGAGAGUAGAGCUAUAAAACUGUCACUAAAUGCAUAGUCAGUUUCAUAUUUUGGAUGGUUUGCAAAAAUGAAUAGGCCUCUUUGAAAUAUUUCAAAGACUUGUAAUUUCUAUCUCUUUUUACUGGUUUUCCUAAAGGAGCUAUUGCUGUAUUUUCAUCUCAUGCAGAGAUAUUUCAACUCUUUCUGACCAGUUAGUAAGAGCCAGACCAUACAGCAUGGUGAAAUCUGUAACUGUAUUCUGACUAUGCUUUGUAAGUAUGUAUUUCUUCACUCUAAUCCUCUAUCAUCUUGGUGUCUGAAGGAAUCGGAGUAAAGUAAAACAGCAGCUGCUGCACACUCUAACAUGGAUAAAAUGGGAGGUUACCCUUUUAGGGUAUAUCUGUACUGCAGCUGAGAGUGUGCUUCCCAGUGUUCAUAGACAGAUGCACAUUAGCUUGAACCAUUGUGGUACAGGAAGCAGCUUGGGCUAGCCACACAAGUACAAUCACGUUCAACCCCCUGUGUACAUACUUGGGCAGCUAGACGGAGCCGCUGCCCAGGCCACCACAGCCACACUGCUAUUCUUGGUGCACUGGUUCAAGCAGAGCUAGCAUGUGUCUGUUUUCCCAUGGUGGAGAAUAUGCUCCCAAAAGCAGCAUAUACAGUCAGUCAGGAUCAUGCCUAUUGAUUAUUCAGACAGUAUUGGGCUGCUGUCAGAUGAUUCACUGAAGUUUUUUGGCUGGAAACCAGUGAUUCUGAAGGAGGAUAAAGCUGCCAGGCACAGUAUGUGAAUAACUUCUGUAAGUGCAUUUUUGCUAUCACCCAGACCAAGUAUCUGCUUAUGGGCAUAUACUGACUGCAUCUAUAAUCACCAUCGAAACCUAGGUGGAACAGAAUGUUCAGUCAAGCUAUGUCUCAUGCAAAUAACUUUUCCAUUCCAGUUUGGGAAAUUUCAUUCCCCCCACCCCCAAUUUUGCUUUUCCAUAAAAGUAUGGGGCAACUGCUGUUUUUCUCAUUCCAUAAUGCAGCAGCAGAAAAUGCCACUUCCAUUGGAAUUGGAGUGGAAGCAAGACAGUGGCCAUCUUUGAAAAUGAUCUUUGGUCAGAGCCAAGAGGAUGGGAAGCACAGUGAGAAACUGAUUUACAUCUAUGUCAUAGUCCUUUGUGAGACAGAGUGAGGGAGAGCAAGUUUUAGAUAUAAUUAAGGUAGGUUGUAGUUGUAGGUAGAGGAUGGGAGUCAGGUCAGGUGAUGUAGCUGAUGGUGGAGGAGAAAGGGCAGAAUGUCCAAAGUUUGGAAAUACUAUUCCUUGGAUGAAAAAUGGGCUUGUAAUGUAAUAUUCAGUGUGGAUCCUAGCCAUGGUCCUGGGUCCCAUGAAAGGAACAGAGCACGCUUCAAGAACACGUAUAAAAUGGGGUAUUCAGUCCUGCUGCUGGGUGCCCAGCCAUACUCUGCCAAGAAAGGAGAGCCACCAACAUCGAUGCCAGGCAGGAACACCUGUUGCAGAUUGUAAGCUCUUUGGGGAAGAAACUGUCUUUGUUCUGUGUUUGUGCAGCCCCUAGCACAAUGGGGCCUGGUCCAUGAUUCGAGCUCCUAGGCGCUAUCAUGAUACAAAUAAUAAUUAAUAAAGGGGCAUCAGCAUCAAGAGGUGCUGAAUUAGACAGUUCUCUCACACUCUGGUUCCCAAUCCCAUUGUUUAUUAAAUAAAUAGCCAAAUCGAAUGCAUUGGUACUUGGAUUAGGAAUCUGUUCCAGUUUCUCGAAUCCUUUAAGGGCAUGUCCCUUCCUCCUCCACACCCUACCCUUUCAAACAAGUCAAGAUGGUCCCUGAUGAUCCUCUUGAGUACAUAGAUUCUGCCUAUCAGGUUGCCUGAAGAAAUACCACGUAACUUCAACCAAGUAACAAAACCCACUAGUAAAUACACUGCCAAAAAAUGCAGUGAAAUUAUUAAAGGAAUUACCAUGCCCAACUUGGAUUAAAUUUUCCUUGACGCAGAGUAUUUGUGGGAAACUCCAUUUCGUGGAAGCGCUGUGAAUUCACAAAAAAGGGCAUGUUUCAAAUGUGUUUUAUUUCAUGAUAAGUAUUUUGAACAGCUCCUGCCAGACACUGGCACUUUUAGUUCAUCAAGAAAAUUGCCGUGCAUUCCAUAUAUUUGGUAUGCACCAGUUUCUCUCUUCUUUUAUGAAAUCUUUUAAAUCCCUUGACAUCAGGGGACAUUUCCUAGUUUAUGACACUGUUGAUGUCACCCAACAUCCAUUUAACAACUUCCAGCCCCGCCCCAUUCUAAGGAAUAAUCGCUUGAAAAACUAAGAUUUCUUUACAUUAGCCUUUUAGGUUUGAGAAACCAUCUCACUAGCAGAACACUUCUUCACCAUGUAUAUUCCAUAACACAAUUACAUAUAACUUUUAAAAAAUAUCUUACUUUCUAAUUUUUUUCACUUGGGCGGAGGACUUGCUUGCAGGCAUAUUUACUACAAGAUCAUGCUGGCUUUACCAUGACAUCAUGGUUUAAUAUGACUUUCAUGUCUGAAAAUCCUGUAGUUUCAGGAUUAUUCCUUUGGCUUUUUUUAUUUUUUUCCUUUACAUUUGAGCUGCUUCUACACAUGUGGAGUUCUGAAAAUCUCCUAACAAUACACUAUCACUGAUUACAGCAAUGGUAGAAGCACCGGCGUAGACCAUCUGCUGGCAUUUUAACUCCUGUCCUGUCCAACCCUGUUUAGAGGUAGGUGACAUGGGUGGUUAAAGUUCCAGCAGUGGUUGUGUAAUGGUGAAAGAUUCUCAGAAAUUUGCCAGAGCUGACAAGGCCCAAUGUAAAAAGAAAUUAAGCCAAUUAUACUCCCUGAGCUACGCUAAGAGCAUAAUAGUUAAAGGGAUUGUGAGAUUAGAACCCUUUGCCGGUUUAAUGUUCAGUUUCUUAACGUGUGGGGGAAACAGUGUACUUUCUUGGAAAGCUUUAAUAAAGAUAAGCCUUUUG